AAAAAGCACAUCUUCUGCCUUCUUCUCUCCUCUAAGAAUCUCGCGCUCCUCAAUUCACCCCCUUACUUUCUCUCUCUAAAUAAGCCUGCCUUUGUUAGAGAGAGAGAGGAGAAGCAAGAUGAUGCUCCGCCCUGAUGACUAUGCCCACAGCCCUGCGCACUACGCAGUGGCCCUUGGAGACCACUCUCGCCUCUCCCGUCUCAUCUCCCGCCUCCCCCGCCUCCGCGAACCGGCCGCGAUCCGCACCGAGGAUGAUUCCCUGGCGGAGGAGCGCGUUGCCGACAGCAUCUCCGCCGUCGUAGACCGCCGCGACGGCAUCCCCUCUCGCGACACGCCUCUUCACCUUGCUGUUCGCCUGGCGGACCCUGUCUCGGUGCGCAUGCUCCUGAACGCCGGAGCGGAUCCCUGUCUCCACAAUGCUGCCGGAUGGAGCGCCCUCCACGAUGCUGUCUGCUGCCACCGCCCCAUCGCGGCCCUUAUCCAGCGUCACCUUCCUGUGGCCGCCUGGUCCAAGUGGUGCCGCCGCCUGCCACGCUUGAUCGCCACCCUCCGCCGAAUGCGCGACUUCUAUAUGGAGAUUUCGUUCCGCUUCGAGAGCUCGCUGGUGCCCUUUGUUGCGCGUCUUGCCCCCUCGGACACCUACAGGCUGUGGAAGCGUGGGGCGGACCUCCGUGCCGACCUCUCUCUCACCGGAUUCGACGGCCUACGCUUUCAACGCUCCCCGCAGACUUUCCUCUUCCUUGGCGACUCUCCUUCAGCCUACAACCUCCCUGAAGGCUCACUUCUGGUGCUGUCUCAUGACGACGAGGACAUCAUCGACACAUUUGAGAAUGCAGGGGCGCCACUCCCAAAUGAUGAGGGCCCAUUCCGGCCUCCGAGCAGUGUGUUCCGGCCGGGGAUGGAUGUGACGGCAGCAGAGCUCGUCGGAAGGCUCAAUUGGCGGCGGCAAGAGAAGAUUGAAAUGGUUGGGGAGUGGAGGUCCAGAGUGUAUGAGGUCCAUAAUGUCCUCUUCAGUAUCAAAACCAGGAAGGUCGAUGAAGAUGUGGAUCCUUUGCUAGAUUCUCUGGAGCUCGAUGAGGAUGAAGACGGUUUCCUGGUGGCCGAGAACCCCUGCCUUUCCGGGGCUCAAAGACGGAGCAGCUUCGAAAAGGCAGACCUACACUCACUCCCAUCUUCUCGCCGUAACAGCAGCUUCGAAAAGGCAGACCUACACUCCCUCCCAUCCUCUCGUCGAAACAGCAGCUUCGAGGUGGCGAUGUUUAGCAGGGAAGACAAAGAAUGGGUUUCUUCGUCGUCGUCUCGGCGUAACAGUAGCUUUGAGGUGGGGCACUUUAGCAGGGAAGACAAGGAAUGGGUUGCUCACAUGAGGAGGAAGGGUUUGAAGGAGGAAGGGGAGGGCAGGAUGUCUUUUUCAGGCGUGAGCAGGAAGAGCAUGGAGAAGAAGGGGGAGAUGAGGGAGAGUGAGUACAAGAAGGGGUUGAGGCCUCUGGUUUGGCUCACUGAUCAGUUUCCACUGAAGACAGAGGAGUUGUUGCCUCUCUUGGACAUCUUAGCUAACAAGGUCAAGGCAGUUAGGCGCCUCAGGGAGUUGCUUACAACUAAGCUUCCUCCUGCUACAUUUCCUGUCAAGGUUGCCAUUCCUGUUGUACCAACUGUGAGGGUGGUGGUCACCUUCACUAAGUUUGAAGAUCUGCAGGGUUCAGACCGUUACUUUACACCGUUAUCGAGCCCUCGGUUAUUGCAAUGCAUUGAGGAAGAGGAAGAGGAAAAGAAAGAGGCCUGGGGACCACGAAGCCAGUGGGUGAAAUGGGGGGCUAAAGACCAUGGGACCAGCAACAGCAAACAUUCAUGGAGUCAUGGACCCGAGGAGGAGGACCCUUUUGCUAUCCCUGCUCACUAUCAAUGGACCACAAUGGAUUCUAAGAGAAACCUUAUGAAAGAGAAAAAGUCCAAGUCAAGGAAGGCAAAGUAACCCCCUCUUUUUUUUCUUUUUUUUUUUUUUUUUUUUUUUUCUUGGGUAAUUUAAUGGCGAUGACGAGUCCUACCCAUUUUUUAUUUUCUACGUCGUUAGUGGUUUUUUAAAGCAUUUCCUCCUAGUUCACAAGGUGAGGCCACGUAACCUCUCUUCUCUCACCUCUCUCUCUCUAUGUAUAGGGUAAACAAGGGGGCAAUUGUUGUGAUUUGUUUAUUUACCUCUUUGGCUGCUUGUGUUGAAUUUUGUGGGUAUUAGUACAGGGGAUUGGUUACAUUUGAUAA